GCUGGAUUUCCACGAUGCACAGACCCUGUCCUAGCCUCCACAGUUCAGAAUCGACUCUGGUCCUGAGACUCGCAGCAACAAGCGUUUGGCGGGUGACGCGGCGUGCCUUUGUGCUGAAACAAUAUCUCGAGGCUAGACCCGUUGUGAGACGCCUUCGGUUGUCUGGGUACCCUGUCGCCCUUCUCGCGAUCACGACGCACGACAAUCACAAAGCGACUUCUUCACGCGAGAUAGCAACACAACAGCCGAGGUCAGCCCUUGUGUCUGCAAGAAAGGUGAAGGCAGGUCUGUCAAGCGAUCUCCUGCAUUCGUAAGCCAUACAACCUGCGACAAAGCAUUUGUGCAAGCUUGCCGCGCAACCGUACAUCGCUGUCAUGACUGUUCUUACCGAGACAAAGCCCGUUGAGGCGGUCACUGGUGCAGUCGAUACCGUCUCCGCCACCAGCGAAUCGGGUGCCAUCGCACUCACGACAAACGACCCCGUCGAUGGCGCUCAGGCCCACACAAAGUCAGAUGCCACUCUUGGCGAUCAAGUCGUCGAUGACAGUCUGAGCAAACCCAGCGAGCAGGCCAAGCUAGAUGAUGCAGACACCGCCACCGUCAAAUUGGCCGAGCCCGUCGAGCAGACAAAUGACGAUCAAGUGAAGCCAGACGAGCAAGUCAAACAGUCAGCCACGACUGCCUUGCUUGCGCCGCCCGGCGAGGGCAAAGACGAGGUCAAGCCAAAGAAGAAGCGCAUGUCGAUUCUCAGUACUCUCUUGGGCGGCGCGCUCAACAAGGACAAGAAGGAACAUGCGAGUGAGCCUACUAGCGCAUCUUCCGAGACUGCCGAACCUACCGUUGAGGCAUCAGCCAAACCAGACACCGAGCCCGUGACGGUCUCUGAGCCUGUUGCGGCCGACAAGGAGACUACUGCUUCGACUGGGCAAGAAGACACUGCUCAAGAACCGAGCAAGGCAGGCGAAGAUGCCGAAGCUGUAGCCAGCGAAGCCACCAAGGAAGAAGCCAAAACAAAGGAGACUUUCUUUGCCAAGCUCAAAGGCAUUAUUGCCACUCUACAGUCUCCUCCUCAAAAGAAGAAGCACACGCGCGUCAAUUCUUUGCCUACGACAGAGGCGGACAAGGAUGUACUCCGCACAGCCGCCGCGCCUACGGCAUCGCCCGACGCUACUGUAGACCAGGCCGUCGAUGUACCUGUCAAAUCCGCCGCCGGUGAUCUUGCUAAACCAGACUCGCCAAAGUCCGACAAACGCUCGCUUGCCCUCUUGGCUCGAAGAUUCAGCUCCAAAGUCUUUGCCUCUCCAUCGCCAAAACGUGAAAAGUCGGACCCUCUUGCCUCGACAGAGAUUGCAAAAUCGGAUGCUACGCCACCACAAGUACCUGCCAUCGAGGUCACCGAAUCUUCGCUUGAUGGUGCCAAGGAAAAGGAGGAGCAAGUCAACGAAGCCGAGCGAAAGCUCUCUGGCAUGUCUGAUCAGCCAGCCACGGAGCCGACCGCAGAGAUUGAAGCGGUCAACGUGCCUGCUGUGUCCGCUUAGCUCGUUUUGAUACCACGCCUUCACGGCUCUCAGGUUGUACAUUGCUAAUCUUCAAUACAAGCGCUGUACACCUAUAUUCUUGCAAAGCGUCUACCCAAAACUCUCUUCGUGCAAUGUGAUCGAUCUACGCUUCUCGCCGUACAACACUGCACGGGGUGAAAUGGCAUCUUGCACGGCUCGACUGACUGCCGAGGUGAGCGUGUAUGGACCACAAGUCAGUACCGCCAGCUGU